CAAAUGCCAGCUCGAUUCUAACAGGCUCAAGUCUUCUUCAAACACCGCCCACAUCAUUCCGAGGUCCCCGCCCCCCUCUCCGCGGUGUGAAAGUACUCACAGCAGAGGCAGGUCUGAUGUUUAAACUGUCGCACGGAUCCUCUGCUGUCAGUGCGCCACUGGAGCUUUUCUGCGCAAGGAGGACUGUUGAUCACUGCGGGCUUGGAAACAAAAUGAAGCGAAGCCACAACUACAGCUCAUCCGAGAGCGACCUGGACGACAAUGUUGAGGUGGAGAAGGACAGUGGAGACGAAAAUGGUCAACUUGAUUCCCACGGCUCCAUGUCACCAUCCACAACCACCCAAGUUCAAGCGAGAAAAAGACGCAGAGGAAUAAUUGAAAAACGGAGACGUGACAGAAUCAAUAAUAGUCUGUCAGAAUUGAGAAGAUUGGUACCAAGUGCGUUUGAGAAACAGGGAUCAGCUAAAUUGGAAAAAGCAGAAAUUUUGCAAAUGACUGUGGACCAUUUGAAGAUGCUUCAUGCUUCUGGUGGCAAAGGUUACUUUGAGGCUCGCGCUCUUGCUAAGGAUUACCGCAGCCUGGGCUUCAGGGAGUGCCUGGCAGAGACAGCCCGCUACCUGAGCAUCGUCGAGGGUCGGGAGAGUACGGACCCCCUCCGGAUACGUUUGGUGUCCCACCUCAGCAACUACGCCUCUCAAAGGGAGGUGCACACUGGUCUGGAACACUUAGCCUGGGGCUCUGCUUACGGGACUGCCCCUGCCCAUCUCCCCCACCCUCUCCUCCUCCAACACCCCCAGGGCAGGACACCUGCAUCCAGAAGCAACAGUAGCCCAUCCUCCUCCUCCUCCUCUUCUUCCUCUACAUCUUCCUCCUCCUCUAGUGAGGCGUCUGGGACCUCCAGACUCGGUGUCAUGCCCCCCACGGAGUCCCUAAGGGUGCCUUCCAGCAGCUCGCUGUCCCUCAGUCUGGCUGUGCCAACAUCCAAGCUAUCGCCACCACUCCUUUCAUCCCUCUCCUCGUUGUCGGCCUUCCCCCUCUCCUUUGGUGCUUUCCCUCUGGUUUCCCCAUCGACCCUCAGCACAGUGAGCCCCUCCUCCACCCUGUCAAAGCCUUACAGGCCUUGGGGCACGGAGAUUGGGGCCUUCUGAAGCUAACAACUGGACUGAAGGCGACAGCUGAGCUGUGCCCACCACCACAGACUAGGCAGGACAACCUGCCUCGUCUGUUUUUAUAGCAAUAAAACACAGGGGAACAAAGCAAACUGAUUUUUUUAUUUUAUUAAGUGUAAAGAAUAAGUGGUAGGGGUUGCUGAAUGGUGUUGUUUCCUAUCAAUGUGUCAUUACUCUUGAAGAAAUUCUAAAUGAUUUUAUGUUAUUCAUUGAAAUUGAUAACUAAUUUAGUUAACAUGCACUGUCUCCAGGUUGAGGACUGAUCUAUGACAUACAGGCCAUGAAUAGAUUUACUGUAAGCACAGAUGUAGAGGUAAUCUUUUGUAGACCACAGACUGAAACUUCUACAUUUGUCGAGCAUGGAUGUCUGUAUUUAACCUAAUGUAGAGUUACUUCAUUCAGUCUGCUUCUUUAGUGGAAUCAGAACUCGUGGAAAUGAAUAUGCAUAUUAAAAGUGCCAUUGUUGGAAAAACUAACCACUUGAGACUUGGAAACUUGCAUUCUCGUAUCUAUUUGUAAUAUUUUUGUACCAAUAAAUUGAGUUAAAAGUAUA